AUGGACGGAAUAGCUCCAAAGGCUAUUAUUACUGAUCAGGACAGAGCAAUGAAAAAUGCAAUUGCGAUCGUAUUUCCAGAAACUCGACAUCGAUUUUGCUUAUGGCAUAUACUCAAGAAAGUUCCAGAGAAGUUGGGUUCAUAUGCUGCGUACAAAUGUGGCCUGAAAACUGAGCUGAUAAAAUGUGUGUACGACACACAAACUAUUGCCGAGUUUGAAAAAGUUUUCUUGAAAGGGCACUUUUGGGCUGGAAUGAGUACAACCCAGCGGAGCGAGAGUAUGAACGCUUUUUUUGACGGUUAUGUCCAUUCGAAGACAAAUUUGAAAGAGUUUGUUGAUCAGUUUGACAAUGCGUUGAAGAAGAAAAUUGAAAAUGAAUGUCAGGCAGAAUUUCAGUCAUUUAGCGGCACCAUUCCCUGCGUAUCUAGAUCCCCAAUUGAAAAGAAAUUUCAAGAGCUGUACACCAAUGCCAAAUUUAAAGAAGUUCAACAAGAAGUAAUUGGUGUGCUUGAUUUGGACCUUGCUCUACAGACCACGGAUGGGGUAAUGAGCUCUUAUUUGGUAGAAGAUGAAGUUCGUAUUCAGGAGUUCACAAAACAGGUUACAUAUUCAGUGGAUUUUAAUGUCGAUGCAGGAAAUGCAAAGUGUUCAUGUGGGUUAUUUCAGAUGAGAGGGAUAUUAUGUAGGCAUAUCUUGGCUGUAUUCAAGAUAAACGGUAUAAAAUCAUUGCCAGAAUGUUACAUUUUAGAGCGAUGGAGAAAGGACAUCAAGAGGAGAUACACAUUAAUUCGAAGUAGCUACGAUGCAGGGGAUGAGAGGGCAAAUGGUAAUAGACAUUCAAUUCUUCUGAAUAUGUGUUAUGAGAUGAUCGACUAUGCGGUAGAAUCUAACGAGCAAUUUGAAGAUGCAAAGAAGAGGAUACAUGAGAUGACUGGAUUAUAUCGUCAGAACCGUACCUCAGUAUCUAUGAACCUUGAAAAAGAUUUAGAACCUGCUACGACAAUGGAUACAGCUGCUGCAGUAUCCAGUUCACAAGGGGUAAAGAGUCCAAUUGUUGUCAGAGGGAAAGGGAGACCCCCAUCUCUUAGAAGAGCAUCUAAGAUGGAGACAGAUAUGCGGAAGCGAGAUGAAGGAGAUACAGCUCCCAUGGGCACGUGCAGGAAUUUAUUUGGGCCAUCAGAAGUAGAUAUCACCAAUUCUGGAGAAGGGCAGGUUAUGGACAGCAUUAGCGUCACGCAAUAUUAUCCCAUGUUUGGUACUCAAGAAAGUGUAAGAUUUAUGAACUUUGCACAUUUCAAUUAG